AUGAAUUUAAAAGAAGAAACUGUCAAUACUAAUAAGAAGGAAAUUGAGAAAAAGAAUGAUAGUGCAAAAGACAACGAAUUAAAAGAAAUGAUGGACAAAAAAAAGGAAACAAGUGCAGAUGAUGUCAAUGGGGAUGCAGAAAAUGCAAAGGAUGAAAUUAAAAAGGAAGGGCAGAAGGAGGAGCAGAAGAAAGAACAGAAAGAAGGGAAAGGUGAUGAUAGUGUUAUGAAUAUGCUUUUAAGCUACCUGCAAAAAAAUAAGGAUGACCCAAAGGUCCUACAAACGAUGCUAAAUGUGAUGAACGGACAAGGAAAAAAUAAUUUGCCUACAAGUGCCCCAAAUCUAGGUGCAUACAUAAAAAAAGAACAACAAGAAGAGAAAGAGGGAGGAGGGGGAAAUGAAGAAAAUAAAUUAUCAUGUGAUGGAAGUGCGACGAGUGAAAAAAAGGAUAACAUCCAAGUAACCAAAGAAAAUAAAGGAAUGGGAGAAGAAAAAGAAAAAAGCAAAAAAAGUGAAGGGGAGAGGGGGGGUAGCAAACUAUAUUAUAUAUUUAGUAGGAAAAAAGACAAGGAUGAUGAAAAGAAGAAUAAAACAAAAAACGAAAAGAUCAAAUCAAAUGAUGUACAUGUUUCAGUUGGGGAAAAUAUUACAGCAAAUUCUACAAAGGAAAAUCAGUCAAACAUAACUAGCAAUAUUGGUGAAGAUGAAAAGGAUAAAAAUAGUAGUAAGUUUGGUUUUGGCUACUUUAGCUCAAAUAAAUUAAGUGAAAAUGCGUCUUCCUCUGUAACUGCUCUUGAUAGUAAAGCUAAUGAUACAAACUUAGAAAGUAUUGAAAAUAAUAGAGCAGUAAAAAAAAAACACAGUGAACUGGUGGAAGAUAAUGAUGACUAUGAAAUUGAAAAUGUAGAGGAAAAGGAACCAAUGGAGGAGGAGGCCAUAUCGUUAAUAGAAAAUAUGAACAUAAUAAAUAAUGACAAGAAGAAAAGUGACCCAUUAGGUAUAGGAAGUUUGAACAACAUAAGUAGUAGUAGUAAUAAUAAUAGUAAUAAUUAUAGUAAUAAUAAUAAUAAUAGUAAUAAUUAUAGUAAUAAUAAUAAUAAUAGUAAUAAUUAUAGUAAUAAUUAUAACAGUAAUAAUAAUAAUAGUAGUAUUUAUAAUAGUAAUAAUAACAGUGGAGGUGACAACAACGACUCGGGGGAUUUUAAACUGUAUCAUUCGAAAAACACAUGGGAGGAACUAAAGAUAGACAAUGAAUUAAUACAAAUAUUAACCUACUUAAAAUUUUUUGGCCCGUCAAAAAUUCAAGCAUAUGCUUUGCCAAUUAUUUUAAAUAGUAACAAAAAUUUAAUAGCUCAAUCACAAAACGGAUCUGGAAAAACCCUCACAUUUGUUAUUGCUAUGUUAUCGAAAAUUAAUAGAACGUUAUCAUGUCUACAAGCAGUUUGUAUAUGUCCAACCAGAGAAUUAUCACAACAGAAUUAUGAUGUUGUUGGUAAUUUCACGAAAUAUUUGAAUGUAAAAGUUUUCUUAGCUGUUCCAUUAUGUGAAAGAUAUAAUAAGGCAAGUGGUUUUCAAAUAUAUGUAGGUACUCCUGGAAAAACAUUAGACUUUUUAAAAAGAAAAUAUAUUGAUACAACAAAUAUAAAAAUAUUUGUUUUGGAUGAAGCAGAUGAUUUAAUUGAUAUUAAAAAUAAUAUGUCAUCACAAGUAGAAAGUAUCAAAAGAUUUUUACCAAAACAUACUCAAAUCCUUUUAUUCUCAGCUACAUAUAAUAAAGAUGUUCGUUUAUUUGCGGACCAAUUUGCUCCUAGAGCUACUAAAAUAAGUGUAAGACAAGAAGAUUUAACAUUAAAAUGUGUUAAGCAAUAUUAUUUAAUUACUGAAAAUGAUGAACAGAAAUAUUAUUAUUUGUCAGAAUUAUACUGUUCUAUGACCAUAUCUCAGUGUGUUAUUUUUGUUAAUUCAAAAAAAGCAGCUUAUAAUUUAUAUCAGUUUAUGACAGAUAAUAAUCAUAACGUUACUUUAAUUUGUGCUGAUAGUAUAAUUAGUCGAUUUACAAAAAACCAAGUACAAAAAGCUAAUGUAUUAGGAAUGGAUCCAAAGACAAGAGAUACAUUAAUGUCUGAUUUUAAAAAAGGAAUUUCCAAAGUUUUAAUCUGUACAGAUUUAUUAUCAAGAGGUAUUGAUGUGCCUUCCAUAAGUUUAGUUAUUAAUUUUGAUUUACCAUAUAUUUAUCAGGGAAGAAUAGAAGAAAAUUCAAAUCCUUUAUCUAACCAAAGAGUAAAUAUGGAAACCUACAUUCACCGAAUUGGUAGAACAGGAAGAUUUGGAACAAAGGGUAUGGCCAUAAAUUUUAUUAGUAAAAAUCAAAUGACGCAUAUUCGUCAAAUUGAACAGUUUUAUAAGUGUAUCAUAUCUGAUUUGGAAUUUGAUUCAGAGCUCAUGAUAACAUCCUUGACGAAAAUUAAAACUUAA